UACUCGGAUCCCAAUCAUCCGCAAUUUGCAAACUCAACUCCACCGGCGUUUCCAGCGGCACUUCCUCCACAACGCAGCCGCAUACCCGCAAAACGUGUUUCGAUUCCUUGGGUACUCUUUGUAAUUUUCUUCCUCACUACCAUGUGGUACACAUCCAUGCUAUUUGGCGCAUGGUUCCUAUCAAUUGUCCGACCAGUCCCACCGAGCUUUGCCGCACAGGAGAUCACUGUUUAUAUUCAUGGAGAAUUAGUGCAGGGGAAGGUGUCAGUAUCCACAAGACUCUUUGCCACCCUGACAAGCACCACAGCAUCUAUUGCCCAGACGCCAAGUCCAACAAAUCCUUUGCCUAGUAGUGGGAACGAUGGAUUACCUGAUGUAGGUAAUGAGCUUUGCAGGAUAUCGUCAGAUGUGGGGAGAACUGUUGCCUCGGCGCCUACAGGCUUCGUCACAAUCAUGAGAGGGAUACCUUGA